AUGGCUCAAUUCCCGCCUAUGAAAAACGAUCUUCUCCUGCGCGCUGCGCGUGGUGAGAAGGUCGAGCGUCCGCCCAUGUGGGUCAUGCGCCAGGCCGGUCGCUACCUGCCCGAGUACCACGAGGCCAAGGGCUCCCACGACUUCUUCGAGUGCUGUCGCUCGCCCGAGAUUGCCUCGACCCUGACUCUGCAACCCAUCGAUCGUUACGCCGGCCUUAUCGAUGGCUCCAUCAUCUUCUCCGACAUCCUCGUCAUCCCUCAGGCCAUGGGUAUGGAGGUCAUCAUGGUCGACAAGAAGGGCCCUCACUUCCCUGACCCGCUCAUGUCCCCGCACGACAAACAGUACCAGGAGAUCAUGGAAAGACAUGUCGAUGUGAAGGAGUCCCUGGACUACGUCUACAAGGCCAUCACCCUGACUAGACAGAAGCUUGAUGGCCGUGUGCCUCUGUACGGCUUCUGUGGCGCUCCUUGGACUCUGCUCAGUUAUAUGGUCGAGGGAGGUGGUUCCAAGAUGUUCAAGCAAGUCAAGACCUGGAUCUUCAAGUACCCUGAAGAGAGCAAGAAGUUGCUGCAAAAGAUCGCCGAGCUUUGUGUUGAAUACCUCGCCCAACAAGUCGUUGCCGGUGCUCAGAUUGUUCAGGUCUUCGAUUCAUGGGCUGGCGAAUUGUCCCCGACCUCUUUCAAGGAGUUCUCUCUGCCCUACUUGACCUACAUUGCAGACCACCUGCCAAACCGCCUUAGAGAGCUCAACCAAGAAGUCGUCCCCAUGACCGUCUUCGCCAAAGGUGCAUGGUAUGCUCUCGACGACCUCUGCGAUACUGCCUACAAUGUCAUCGGUUUGGACUGGCUGCAUUCACCCAAGGAAGCUUACGCUAUCGCUCAAAAGAAGGGCAAGGUUCUCCAAGGCAACGCCGACCCUGGUGUCCUCUACGGCGGCAAAGAAGCCAUCACUGCAGUUGUCAAGGAGAUGGUCGAGGGCUUUGGUGGUGGCAAGCAAGGAUGGAUCGCCAAUCUUGGUCAUGGAAUUACACCAUUCGUCAACCCUGAUGACCUCAAAUUCUUCUUUGAGGAAAUCCACAGACUUUCAGGUAGAUGA